UGCAGAUAUAUAGAUGUCCACGGUCAUUUUCAGGGGAGAAAUGGAUGGUUGGCAUCGGGAUGUAGGAAGCGGACAAAACCAUGCAGCAGAGGUUAAAACUGACCUCAAGCUUCUCUUGGAAUGCCUCAAAUGCCACAUGGGGGAUGUUGCAGUACAGCAAGACACUUUGCUUACAGCUGCUGCUGUGUGCUCAAGUUCAGAUGAGGCCAAGGAGUUUUUCAGAGAGUGCGGAGGCAUCAACUUUGUUUUAAACCUUUUGACGUCAACUGAAGAAGACAAAGUGAAGAUUGCAGCUCUGUACAUGCUCGGCUGUGCGUGUGAGAAAAAUGUGUUUUCUCAAAAGAGACUCUGUACUUUGGCCAUCUUCAAGUUUCUCUACUGCCAGCUGAUCGGUGGAAAGGAGACGAGCGACAGUUUAAAGAGGACAUCAGCUUUUCUCUUGCUGUGUCUGGUCACCAACAAUGGUGAGGGACAGAAUCUUGCCAGGACAUCUCACUGUUUAGAGGCCCUGCUGAAACUCUUCAGGACCUCAUACCCAUUGGCUCCCCACACGUCUGGCUUACCAGGUCAGAUGUGGAUGGACUCAUCGGACACAGACUGCAAAAAGCAACUUGAUCUGUGGACCGUGGUCACCAGCACCCUGUCUGGCUGUGUGAAUAACCCUCAAAAUGAGGCAAACCAGCUGAUGUGCUCAUCAGUAGCCUUUGCCACAGCCAUUGACAUCAUAGGCAAGACAAGAAAUCCAACAAUCAUACGACUGGUGUCUUCUUUCUUGUCCUUGACUAUUUCCAACAACGUGAGCAACCAAGACAAGUUUGGUUUGCUAGGAGGACUGGAGGCGAUGGUCAAUCUCCUUCACGCCGUUGUGGGGGAUCUCCUCCAACAGCCUGAUCAAGAUGCAGCACAGGCAGCCGUGCAGCUGGCCAACGUCUUUGUGCCCUGCAUCACGGACUGUGAGCAAAACCGCUGCAGGCUCAUGGAUCUGAACCUGGUCCCUUUGCUGGUACAGCUGAUGUCCAUGGACUUCAUUGAGUCCGAUGUUAGACUGAAAAUCAUCAUCACUCUGGGUCAUCUCACUGAGAAAUGUGGAAGAAGCCAGCGACAGUUGCUAGAGAGUGAUGGCUUGAGCUUGUUGGUCCACCUCAUGGCUGACAAUCAAGAUGAAGAAUUCAACAAAGCUGCUAUGUACCUGCUCAGCAGUUGCAUUGACCUAGUAACGCUCACUCUGCUGACUGCAGUUUCAUGCAUGGAGGACGUAGGUCUAAAUGCCAGUGACAGCAAGAAUGUUCCCAAAAGACCCAGGUCGGCGGAGAAAAGGAACAAGGCACGGGCUGAAAGGGAGUCUGCAUUCAUCCCGAUAGGUAAACAACGGGCAGAAACAGAAGGAGUUCCAGAUGGGAAUAAAGUACCAAGCAGACACAAGAAUGCAGAGCAAGAGCAGCACAUCACUACAGGGGUGGUGCACGGAGAUAAUGCCAACAGCAACGACCGGGCAUCAUCCUGCAGCCACAGGAUGACUGAGAGCACAGAGAACAAGGUUAUUAACGAGCUGCUGCAACAACUCCACGAGGAGAAGAGCAUACGACAGCGGCUGGAGGAUGAAAAGAAAGUAUUGGAGGAAAGGGAGGAGGCCAGAGCCAGGAGCAGAGGGGCAGCAAAGGAGGCGGCACUGGUAAUCACCAAGGAGCUAGAGAGACAGUACACAGAGCAGAAGCUCGACAAGACUCCAGAAGAUGAGGGAGAACAACCUGAAGGAACCAAAUCUGCCACUCCUGAAAAGCAGUUUCUCUCUCCAUCAAUGAAGAACGUGGAGCAGAGGCUGGAAGCCCUUGAAAAGUCACUGAAUGACAUCAGCAGUGUCAACAACCAACUUGCAGAGCCGAUUAUCUAUAGCAGGCAGAGAGACCAACAGGUGAAUGACCAAGACCUUGGACAAAAGUGUGCGGCUGAUGGAAACAAGAUGUCAAAUUUGGCCCCCGUGACCAAUAUAGAUCAAGAUGGAAAUGUUCAGCUUCCAAAAGUCAAAUCAAAGCAGUUAUGUGACAGAGUGAACAAAUACAUAAGAAACCUGGGUGAUGGCACAGACAGUGUUGGAAAAUCCCAAAAGACAGCUGGAGAUGCUCUGAAGACUUUAUGUCAGUUUAGUGAGUUCAGAGCUCCGACAUCUCCAGUAAGACGGCGGCAAGUACCGAGGAAGAUUGCCACCGGUACCAACCAGCACAUCCUCCCCAGUCCAAACGUCAUCAAGUUACAGAGAUGCGUCGCGGACCUAAGUCGCAGACAGCCUCGCCUUCAAUGCAGUCAGUAUGAGUCUGAUGUUGAGAGUUGCUUGUCUGAGAGCACAGAUCUGUCCACCUCAGCCGACACUGACAUGAGCAUGACUGCCUCAGACAUGUAUCUAAUGAAACAAGCCCAGCCACCCCACCAGAUGCCCCACGCUACAUGGGAGCACGGACCCGCACCUUCCCUUCAUCCAAUGUCUUCUGCUCGGGGCAGAGCAAAUCGCAGCUACCGAGUGAAUUACUCUUGGCAGAGAGGACCAACUGUCUCAGUCCCUGUAUCCAGAAAACUGUCUGAACUGACCAACCUUUCAGUCUCUCACCAUGGAAUUGGGAGAGACAGCAUCACCAAAGCAUCCAAAGAUGUCUUUACAUUUACAGAAUCUGAGAAUGAUCUAUCAGGUAUAUCAUCUUCAGAAUGUUCAAACAAGUCAGGUUUUCAUCCUGUACCCAAAUGCCCAGGCUGUGCCCCACCAAUCAACCGCCCAUUGCUCAACAGCCGCAACUUCUUGUACACUCUGGAGAGGAGCCAACACACCUGCUCCGAGCACAGAAAGCUUCAGAGGUGCAUCAAGCAAGACCUCUACCACCGUAGGAUGGCUCAGACAAGUAAUAAAGGUGCGUCCCCUGAAUUUGCAAAAAGCAGCAGGUCCCAUCUGGUCAGAAACUUGAGAAGUGCCACAAGGAACGGAAGGAGCCCACACUCCAUCACAUCUGCCCCUAGAAACAAAUGGGCGAGUUGUGCGUCAAGACGUCGACGGAAGAGGCAAGAGUUCAGCAGGACAGAGAUCUGCAACCUCAUCAAUGGAGUAGCAAAGAAGGGCAAACACUGGAAUUGUAUCCUCUGGGCUUACAAGUUUGCCCCUGGCCGGACAGCGGUGGACCUUAAAGACAAAUACAGAAGAAUGCAGGCUCAGAACUAUGUGGAUGUGUCCCCACGUAGCUCCUCUUCCUCCCAUCUGAGCUCUAAACAACGACAAACUCAGAAGGCAAUCGAUCAUACUUGGAGACCCUAAAGAUGGGUAAUGACAAGUUUGAAAAUUUUCAUUUCACGUUAAAAAAAUCCCUUUAUUACAUUUUACCGGAGUAAAUUUUGUUUUUGAUGUUAAAAAUUCAAAGCAAACGGUGGAUUGUGAACUAUCCAAAACAGGAAUUUGUUCAUUUCCGACCAAUUGUUUUUGAAUUUGUGCUAUAACUUAUUAAAUGAAAUUCUAAUGUGAGUACAUCAUAUGAAAUAUGACCGUUCUCACAAAACACAGUGAGUUUUGAAGUGUUAAGAUUUGGUUUACUAUGGACAACAAGUUUACCUCGAUCUGGACCAUUUUCCACAACUAUAACCAACUCAAUCCUUUUUUCCAGGCAGCUACAAAUCUUUUUUUCAAAGUGAGUCAUAAAUAUCUUUUAAAAAUUUAUGAUUUGUAAGUCAUUUCUGAAAAAGUCACUUUUCUUGACAGUUACAAGAAAAAAAAUGGCCAAUCAGGCAGUUCCAUAGCUUAAUGUUUAAUGCAUUGAAAUGAAACCUCGGUACGUAUAUGCCCAGCAUGAUAUCUUUCUUUCUUUUGUAUUUUUAACAAGUUAAGGGCCUCUUCCCAUUGUUGGUAUUGAAAACAGAGGCCUUCAACUUGUUGAAAAUACAGAAAAAUUUAAGUAGGAAUUUCAUGAAUAGGUGCAAAGAGAGUUCACAUUAGUGCACUUUGGUACUAUAAUGUUUUAAAUGUCACUUCUAAUUUAUUGAUUCCUGCAAUGCAACAAUUAACAAUUUUUUUCACCUAAUGUACUAUUUAUUUCAUGAAAGUUCAUGAAUAAAAUGUUUGAAUGGAUUGAAGGUAACCCAUUCCUUUCAUAAAUUAGUCUGUUCGGGUUUCUAUAAAAUAUCCUCAAUAUUUACAUUUUAUCAAAUUUCCUAAAGGAUUUAUCUGAAGAGAUUGCUAACAUUUAAGUACAUACAGUAACUUGUCAUCAUAAUGGUAAAGGACAAGUCAUGGCUUUUCCUCUUGUUCCUUUAUAUAACAUUUUCCCACCGACUGAGGACACCCUUUAUACAUUUGAAGACUGUUUUUCAACACGAUUUCCUUUCAGGUACAAGAAUAAACCAUGAAUUCUUUCUCCCAUUGUACAUGUAUACAAACCACAACCACUCUUUUUAAGAUCAUGCCUCCUCUUUACAUUCUCUGUUUUUUCUCAAAGACUCUUGGAAUCAAUUUUCAAUCAACCUGAAUAAAAAUCCUAAUGAAUGAUGGCUAACUUUAAACUUCUGAAAGUUUGCCGAUGGGUUUCUUCAAAAAGAAGUACAAAAGUAGAACAAACCUGUAACAAAGGUUUCACAGAAAACAGUAACAGGAUUUCACCUAAAAACUCAUGAACAUACACAAUCUACAAAUUAUGAUGUAGAAAACAUUCAAAGCACUUCACCUAAAUGACUGAAGUGGCACCAUGCAGAGACAGUAUUUUUAUCAUUAUUUCUAAACAAAAGGCUCAAGUUUCAGACUUAAUUCAAACUUGGAAUGAACCUUUACAGUCAAACAUAAAUUCACAGUGAUUGACAUACUGAUUAUAUUGAGACAAUUUUGCCAGUUCCACACACUACAGAUCUCUGAUAAACAUACACAAAUACUUUAUGGUUAUUUUUAUCAACAUACUCGAGGCUUCAAAGCAUGUUAUGAGUGCAUGUGCUCAACAGGACUUCAAUUUUCUGCCAACUAUCCUCAUGUUACAACUUUGGUAUUGAGAAUGAAAGGCCUUGGAAAUGUCUUAUCAAAAUAUUGCCACCUUGCCCAUUUCACAGCGGAACUAUCUAGUCUUGUUCAAUUUCACCACUUUGAAGGAUUUGAUUUAUAGCAGUAUUUUAGACUGCAGUGCUUUAAAAAUAUAAAAAUGCUAUACAUUUUCCUUGAAAAUGACACCAUGCGGAAUAAAACCCUCUCUCUACCAUAACAAAUGUGUUAUAGCAACUUUAACCCUAACCCUCCUCAAUCCUCCAACAGGUGAAGGAUUGAGGAGGGUUAGGGUUAAGGAAGGUCUAUGAAAAACAAGACAGAAAAACUUUCUAUUCCUGAUCAUCUAAAACCUGAGGUCAGGGGUUCCAACCUAGCUGCUAGCGACAUGGCGUGGCCUGGAGCAAGUCACUUCACCCCCAACUGACUCUCUCUAUCCAGGAGUAUAAAAGGGUACCUAGCUCAGCCCAAUAUGGCUGCAUUCAAACAAUGUAUGCACUCCAGAGGGCGCUACAAUGGCUUUUGAGAAUGUUUGAGACUGACGGGCAGGAAUAAUGAUAAUAAUCUCUUGCUUUUUUUAUUUUAAAAAAUAUUUUACAAUUACUAUUUUUGGUUGAUCCAACCUUUCGUUUACUAUUUCUAGGUCGAUGCUUGGAGUUUGAUAAGGCUGGCAUUCCUCACAAAAACAGCAAAAAAAUGUAUGACGACAGGCUACUGUGUGCUGGUGAUCAAAUACAUUUACGACAAACAUUUAAAUGAUUUCAGUCAAGCAAAUAUUCCAAAAUAAGAACUGCUUUGCAAAUUCUACUAACUUUACUUCGAAAGCGAAAGGGUCAAGCAAUGUAGUCAAGUACGGAACCUUAAUGAAAAACCUACAAAUGGCUUACUCAAUACAACUGCUCAUAGCAAACAUGUACAUGAAUCUUAAAUAAGGCCUUACCCAAAUAAGUCGGAAAUUGAAAUUAUAUAUAUUCACACACAAUUGCCCAGUAUGCAACUUUGCACAAACGACUUCUACGUGCUAAAAAAGGAUAAAAAUUUCUGUAAUACUCAAACCUUUCAAUUCAAACCAAGAGAAACCAGCAUUUUCUUUCUAAAAGGCAAGGGAAGCUUUGUUGAUUUGCCACAAAAAGUUUCCAUUUUUUCUACUCUAAGAUUUCAGAUCUUUGA